AUGACUUUUAAGCGUGCGUUUCCACCCAGGUGUCUGCCCUCGCGGCGUGCCACGAGCCACGCGGCGACGCCGCCGGAGGUCCCAAAGUAUCGUGCCUGCAGCAGGGGCCACUGCUCGCCACACACGCCUCGCUUCCGUGUACCGCCGCUCUCUCCGCCUCCAUCAGCAGCAUCGCAGCAGCAGCAGCAGCAGAAGCAGGAAUUGCGUGAGGCAGAGAAGGAGAGGGGGUGUCAUUGGUGGUGUGGCAUACAAGAGCUUUUCGGCAGCAACGGUUGUUCUCCAUUACCAAAACUUCCCCCUCACGCGAGUUUUGCUGAAUUGCAGCACCCGGCGCCCUCUGCGGGGGAGGUGGACGAGGAGCACACACCGCAUCGUCAUUUCUACCGUGAAGGAGGCGACGAUGCCAAUGGUGACUUUCCCGUAAAACUCGUUGCGUUUUCCAUAUACAACUCUCUCACCGUGACGGGGCUUGUGGAGGUGGUGCCAUGCCGAUGGCGCCUCAACGCGAACCCAUCUCUCUACCCUCUGCAGCUGCAGAUACGAGAAAUGGACGCAACCACCUACCCGAUGCGUCGGUUACUCCGACUUAUUCAGAAGACGGUCACAGGCGGAGGCAGUGACGGCGGAACUGGGGUGUCGCCACGACAGCAGCCAAUGAAGGGGUCACUGUAUAUCUCCAAGCGGGGCAAUCCUCACCUGCAGUUUCUUUCCGGCCUGCCAAACAUUAUCCCUUUGAGUGGAUCAGUGGUGUUGGCGGAUGUGGUUAUGGUGGAUCAAAUUCCAAUUAACGGUGCCGCCGUACGAUUCAGGUGGGUUGAGGACCCGUCUAGAAGAGUCCUAGUGGAUAUCGACACCCUUCCCUCCGGGGGUGACGUAAGGAGGGAUAGCGCAGAUGAAGCCGCCGUGCAGUACUACGCGCGCCCGUCAAGUGAUUUUGUGCCUCGAACGUGCCAAGAACACGAUGGGAGCGGUUGCCUAAAACAAGUAAAUGCUGAGGCCGAGGAAAACAAUUCUAGGGCAGCAUGGCCUGUCAAGGAACUGGACGGAACCGCCUUUUUGAAGUCAGCGGAUGGAAAAAAAAUGACUGAAUACAUCCCUCACGUAAUUACUGACAGAGGUGAGGAACAUUUAAGCAUGUUGCAUGCCAAUGCUACUAACACAGAUGGGGGGUCCGCAUCACCCAUAACUUAUUUACAUACGCCAUACAUGAGAUAG